UCAAGUGGUUAUUGGAUUAGACCAUGUAAUCAUCACCAUGAAGAAGGGGGAUAUUGCAGUGUUCAUGUUGUCUCCUCGUUUGGGUUAUAGAGCCAUAGGCAAAAACGGUGUCCCUUCCAAUUAUGUUAUUCAGUUUAAAGUGGAUCUCAUCUCACGGAUCACGGAAGCAAAUGUUUGCAUGGAUGGUGGAAUUAUCAAAAAAGUGCUUGAGAAGGGAGAACAAAUUGGCCCACUCCCAUCUAAGUUCCUACCCAAGAAAUCUUAACAAGCUUUGGCACCCUUGGGAGAGGAAAAAGUUGAGUAUUUUACAUUGGCUAAUCUUUGGAAUUCUUUUGAUGAAUGGAGUGCUUAUGGUGCUUAUGUGCCUUACCUCUUUGCAAUCCAAAUCUUUACAAGCAAUUCGUCGACGAACAGUUUAAGGGAUGAGACCGAGUCAGUUUGUGAGACGAGUCUGUUAUGAAUGACAAAGUGGGUUACCUUUAUUUUCAGUAUGUUAGAGAGAUCAGCUCCUUAUGGAAGAGUUCCUUUCAUGGAUAAGGGACUGGGCUGGGAUUGACAGCAUUUGGCAUACUGUUCUUAUUCUUGGGAAUCAUUUUAUUUUUUGACAAGGGACUACUUGCCAUAGGAAAUGUAAGUAAAACAUUUCUCUCAACAUAAUUUUGUUGCUCAGUUUCUUCCAUUAUUGAGCAUUUUCCAUUUAGCUUGUUGUGUAUUUGAUGCCUACUAAACAUUGUGUUAUUUUGGUGACAUAGAAUCAGAUCCUCUUUCUUAUUAGCGAUGAUGAUAACCAUUGGACCAAAGUCCUCAAUGCAUUUUUUCAUGAAACGUAGCAAUUUCAUGGUUUGUUUGCUUUAUGUUUCCUCUAUUCAAUGUGUGAGAGGGUAAUUUGUGUGAAACUUGGGCCGAGCUAAGACCGGUUGGAAAAUGGACCGAGCUAUGGGCCGAGGUGAUCCCUUGCAUAGCUCGGUUCUUGAUCCUUUCGGUUUGGUCAGAGAGGGCUGCCAUUAGCUUGGUCAAGGUGCUCUGGACCGAGGUAUAGGGGAAAAAGAACCGAGCUAGAGCAUGCCCAAGGUGUCACCGAGCUAGGUGAGCAUGAUUAAAAUUAGUUUAAGGCAAGCCAGUGCCAUCUCAGUUGUGUUACUAUCAAGGCCAUGGUUGGGCCAUCUCACUUGGUUAAGCAGUAAGGAAGGGGUAAAAAGAUAAGCAUUAUCUUUUUGACUCUUAGGAGGACUCUGCUAAGGAGAAUAGAGCCUUACUAGGAUUGUGCAAACCAUCUCACUUGGUUGGUAGUGAGUAGAGUGUGUGAUUCCUAGGAGGAUUCUUAUAAGAAAAAUUGGAAUCCUAUUAGGAUUACGCCAGGCAGAAUCUAUAAAAGCUCAUAGAAGGACCUAUGUACAGGUAUCACAAUUCUCAUCCUAGAAUACACAGAGCUUUUAUGUCUAUUGUCUAUUCGCUGACUUAAGCAUCGGAGAGGUUUCUGGGACACACUCGCCGACUAGCUCACGUUUGUGUUUUCAGGUAACAAAGCGACGACGUUUGGAGGAGUGCAAACUUGAUCAGCAGGAUUAUAUGAGAAAAUUAUUUCGUGCACGUACAAUUGGCACCUUCUAUGGGAAGACACAAAGAACAAAACCUUUUGAUCGAGUUUUCCUCUCUAGUUAAAACCAAUGGCGCACAAUGAAGAUUUGCCGCAAUCUGCUAUCGAUGGGCAAACCCUGGAGGGGGACGGAAGGCGCAAAGUUUACCUUCUAUCCCAUCCAUGGCAGAAUUAGAACCCCAGCGAUGGAACUCCUCGGAGGGACACACGGGAGAGACGGGGCACCAGUCCCCGUCGCUCUCAAAGUCCUGAAAGACAGAGGCGGAGGUUGGAUCCUCAAGUUCUAGAGGAUCGCAUAAGGAGAAAGACGAGUUAAUAAGGAGGAUGGCGGCAGACAUGGAGACAAUGAAGCGGCAGAUAAAGGGAAAAUGGGUGGCAACGGAAGAGAGGCACAAAGGCAACACGCACUCUUACCAUUCGGAAGAUCGUGGCAGACACGUCACGCCAUCACAAGCAAAAAGUAGGAGUCUUAGAACAGGUGACACUCAAUCAAGGACUUCCAGGACUCGUUACUCCAGGUCUGAGAGAACGAGGACUGAACGGUUGUAUACAGAGGGAAGCAGCUAUCGGCCUUGGCACAUGCACCAAAUGACAUCUAGGCAUACGAAAGUGCCUAGGUUAGCGGACCUGCCAACAGUGCUCAAGGAGAGGGCCUGAUGGAAGGAGGACACCAAGGCUUGCGACCCUCGCGGAGUUUCAUCCCUACAACGGUUGGCCCCUAGAACACACGGGAGUGUCGAGAUAGGGAUGUCAAUGUCACGUCUUGCUUACGAACCAGCAGAUAAAGUAUUAGCAAGGUUACAAAACUUGCUGUUCGUUCCGAAAAUUAAGAACGCACCGCUACCCUCAGGCUUCCACCAGCCCAAGUUCACUACUUAUGAGGAGAAGUCAGACCCCUACAUGUACUUAAGCCACUUUCGCCAGGUUAUGGCAGUAUACCGGCGAAACGAGGCUCUAAUGUGUAUCCUAUUUCCAUCCAGCCUUGGCGACCUAGGUCUAACCUGGUUCGAAAGGCUACCAGAAGGCAACAUAGCCUCAUGGGCACAGUUGGAAGAAGCAUUCGUGAAUAGAUUCAAAAUGAAUACCAAGACACCAGUGGAGAUUGACCAACUACUCUCCAUUGACAUGGGCGAAAAUGAGACAUUAAGGUCUUACAACAGUCGAUAUUGGGAGACUUUCAACCAGAUUAGGGAUUGCCCUACAAAUCUCGUCAUCGCACAAUACAAACGGGGUUUACCAGUCGGUAACAAAUUGAGGGACUCAAUGACAAUGAUGUCACCACUCACGAUAGAGGCCCUAGUGGAGAAAGUGCAUCAACAUAUUCGGGUAGAGGAAGAUAGCGCCCGUGCUAAAGCAAAAUCUGGCACAACAACGAUGCCAGACAAAAAGACUACAGCAAAAAUCAACAUGGUAGAACAACCAAGCAAGAAUGGGUGCGGUAGGCGAGCCAACAGAGAGGACCCAGAAACAAGGAAGUUAAAAGUCUGCACUGCCAUUACUACAGUAUUCAAUAAACCUAUCUACCGGAUUCUUAGCAAGAUACGUGAUGAACCCUUCGUUCGGCGACCAGCCAAGUUAGGAGAAGCACAAAGAGGCUAUGAUGAAAGGUCCCGUUGCACCUUCUAUGAUAAGAAAGAGCACCGCACUGAAAAUUGCACACCAUUAAGGCAACAUCUGGAGGAAUUAGUGGCUACUGGACACCUGGACCAGUAUAUAGAAGGAGAAACGCAGCCAGCCCCCCAGGACCUCAACAGACCAAACGGGAUGCUAGUCGAUGGUCCACCCCAAGGCAUAAUCAAUGUUAUACAUGGGAUCGUCGAACCUGAGCGGGUAUGUGAGCUCAAUGGGAUGAUCAAAAAGGCUGAGCACUUGAGAGAGGUAUUAAGUGCACAACUCACCAUCAAAAAGGGCAGAACAGAGGCUACGAACAUCAUAUCCUUUUCAGAUAGGGAUCUAGCAAGGCUACAUUGCCCUCACAAUGACGCACUGGUGGUCACUUUGCGCGUCAAGAAUUUCGACAUUAAACAGAUUCUGAUUGACCAAAGAAGCUCAUGCGAGAUAAUGUACUACGAGACCUUCAAAUAACUGAG